AGAAAGCAGCUGCGCCAUUUCUUUUCAUUUCCCGCUCAAAUAAUCCACUUUGCUCGUUACAAGGCACUGCGCCAAGUACAACGCUGCACGAAAGCUGUGAGGCACACUCCAAGUAAGCCAGAUCUAGGUUAUACAUGAUAUAUUCAAGAUGUGGCAAACGGUACCUUUUCUGCUGGCAGUCCAAGUUUUCUACAGCAGCGAAGAAAGUUUUGCCAAACCUACGCCUGUUGUUAUGACAGACUCGGGAGCCGUCUCCGGUGAAGUUAUCACUGUAGGCAACAGAUCCAUUGAUGCUUUCUUGGGCAUACCGUACGCAAGACCUCCCAUCGGGGAACUACGCUUCAGAAAGCCCGAAGGUGUCGCACCUUGGAACGGAACGUACCAAGCUACGGCAAGGACUCCACCCUGCUGGCAGAGAGUGCUGCAUUUUAUUGCGGACGCUCCGUUGAACUACUCUGCCGUUGCUUCAGAGGACUGUCUUUACCUAAACAUAUGGAAGCGCUCCUAUACAUCUACCGCUUCGAGAACCUUCAACGAAAAAAGGCCAGUCGUCGUUUUUAUUUAUGGCGGAGCUUUCCAGUGGGGUGAUUCUUCCCUUUUUCUUUAUGAUCCGGCCAAUUUCGUUGCUCUCUCUGACGUAGUAUUUGUAACUUUUGAUUAUAGAGUGAGUAUUUUCGGGUUCUUUUCUCUCGGAAGGCCUGAACUACCCGGUAAUUUCGGUCUUUGGGACCAAUACCUUGCUCUGGACUGGGUGCGAAAAAACAUCGCCGCUUUCGGCGGAGAUCCGGACGAAGUGACCUUGAUUGGACAAAGUGCUGGCGCGAUAUCUGUGGGCUUGCAGGCAUCCUCUCCGAAGCGCCAAGGUCUGUUCAAAAGAGCCAUUCUUAUGAGCAGUACUCCACUCUCCCUGAUUUUCGGCUUUACGCAUAGGGGCGUGGGAAAAUUCAUCUAUGUUGCGGGGGCGUUAGGGUGCUAUAAUCAAAGCCAAAGCCUCGAUGAGCAACUAAACAGUGUCAUGUCAUGCCUACGAAAAGUGGAUGCUUCGUUUAUUAUACGAACCAUCGAGACACUGGAUUACACUUUCCAGUCAUUCGGACCUGAGUACGGUGACGAAUUUUUUCCGGAGCACCCGCUGGCAGCGAAAACGUGGGAGAAGCUUCCCUUCAACGAAAUUAUUCUGGGAACCACUGCCGACGAAGGCGCUUUCAUGCUGGGCUAUUUCCAGCAUUCUUUUCCGGCCUUGAAAGUGUUUCUGGCAGCAGACUACAGGCUGACAAUGACUACGGCUUUACUGCCUCUUUUCGGAACUUCCCUUCCUCGCGCUCGAUCUAUUGUCAAGGCGUACUUCGGAGGACCUGACGUGCAGCACACAAAUGAAAGCAUCGUAAAGAUUGCCAGCGAGCUCAUCGGCGACGGUGUGUUUUACUGUCCUGUUAAACUGAUGGCAGAAGUCGCGGCUCGACAGGGGAUCAACACCUACCGGUACUUGUUUGCGCACAGACCGUCGUAUAGUGUCUGGCCUGAGUGGAUGGGUGUCACCCAUGGUGAUGACACGACAUUUGUGUUAGGUUCCCUUCCUUUCUUGAAGGACGAGAGUCGCUACACCGAGGUCCUUGGCGACGUUGCAAUCAAGAAACUUCAGCAACUCGACUAUACUUCUGAGGAAGAAAACUUCAUGCAGCAAAUAGUAGCCAUCAUCAGCUCCUUCGUUGCCACUGGAAGGCCUCAGCUUCCCGACCCGGGGCAAGAAUGGCACCGGUACGAUCCAUCUGAUCCCGUCGUGCUCCAACUUCGUCCUGAAAACAUAUCGGAGGUGAAAGAAAAGCAAGACAACUGUGAACUAUGGCGACCAGAUCUUCUGAUGGAAUAAGUUCUGAAGACUGAUAGUAUGCGCAUCACAAGUCUAUUUCCAAACAAGUUUUUAAGUUACGCUCAUGCAUCACCUGUAGGUUAGUUUGCUGGGUGUCUUCGAUUCAGAAAUAAAAUAAAAUAACGAACUACUGGCAUUAAACACCAUGUCGUAACUUCAUGUAGCGCCACAAACGAGAAAUGUCUAAUACAGCUUCUCUCUACGUUUUCCACGCUUGAAAACUGGUUAUACGAAACCACGUGCAUGUUAAAAUCACCUUAUUAUUGCUAGUGAGCCCAUGUUUCACGCUUAUAAGGCAAUAACUAACCCAAAAAGAAGUCUUUCUUCUUUCUUCUUUUUUUUUCUUUUAAAGGACACUUGUAUAAUAAACUACCCUUCACUUCAUAUUCACAAAAA